GGGCCCUACCAACCUCCGUUAAUUUUGCUCUUCCACAACACGGUCCUUUUAAAGUUCCGUAGAUGAUGAGAGAAGAGGGACGGUGAGGAUACGGAGAACAGGGGGGCAUUCCGAAUAUUUUUAGAUGGUCCUAAGACAUAAACUGAAUCUAAAGAACACUUAAAGGGGUAUUUUGGGGUCUUUUUCUAUCACACUAACCGUUUCCUGGUUGGUUUUUAAUACGGGUAGGCAAGCGCUCGCGCCAUCAGGCUUACGGCGUUAGUAGCUAGCGAUUAACCAAACGACAAAGGAAAUAUAGCCAGUCGAAUCGCAUUUCCAUAAAAAUAUAUUUUAUUCACGUAGCCUAUUUGGAUUGGGGCCUUAUUUUCGAAAAUUCUCCGGCAAUAUUAAAAACUGUUUGAAUAAACGCGAAAAAAUCCACUAAAAUGGCGGAGCCGGACAAAUUAAACAUUGACUCCAUAAUACAGCGUCUCCUUGAAGUGAAAGGCUCCAGGCCAGGCAAGAACGUACAGCUGACAGAGAACGAAAUCCGGGGUCUCUGUCUCAAGUCUCGGGAAAUUUUCCUCAGCCAGCCGAUCUUGCUGGAGCUGGAAGCACCGCUCAAGAUUUGCGGUGAUGUUCAUGGUCAGUACUAUGACCUUCUUCGUCUCUUUGAAUAUGGGGGCUUUCCUCCUGAGAGCAACUACUUGUUCCUGGGGGACUAUGUGGACCGAGGGAAACAGUCUCUAGAGACCAUCUGCCUCCUGUUGGCCUACAAAGUCAAAUAUCCUGAAAACUUUUUCUUGCUGCGUGGCAACCAUGAGUGCGCCUCUAUCAACCGUAUAUAUGGCUUCUAUGAUGAGUGUAAACGACGGUAUAAUAUUAAGCUGUGGAAGACCUUCACAGACUGUUUCAACUGUUUACCUGUGGCUGCCAUUGUAGACGAGAAGAUCUUCUGUUGCCAUGGAGGCCUCUCUCCAGACCUGCAGUCAAUGGAGCAGGUACGGCGCGUCAUGCGGCCCACAGAUGUGCCUGACCAGGGGCUGCUGUGUGACCUGCUUUGGGCUGACCCAGACAAAGACGUGCUGGGCUGGGGAGAGAAUGACCGCGGUGUAUCCUUCACCUUCGGUGCGGACGUGGUGGCCAAAUUCCUUCACAAAUACGACAUGGACCUAAUAUGCAGGGCACAUCAGGUGGUGGAGGACGGUUAUGAGUUUUUUGCUAAGAGACAGUUAGUCACUCUGUUCUCCGCUCCAAACUACUGUGGCGAGUUUGAUAACGCGGGGGCCAUGAUGAGUGUAGAUGAGACGCUCAUGUGUUCUUUUCAGAUCCUUAAGCCAGCCGAUAAGAAGCUGUAUUACGGAGGAGGUGGUGGAAUGGGUUCAGGUCGUCCAGUAACCCCGCCACGAAAUUCAGCCAAGGGCGGAAAAGCCAAAAAAUAACACCUGCUGGAUAACCCCCUUACUUCCCAUAUUCCGAAAAUCCAUUCUUACCCACAAUCUUUCUCUACCUCCCUUCUUCCUUUCCGUCUCCAAACGGCUCUAAAGCAAAACAGUACCCAGGGUUGAAGUCCUUCUAUUGUCUUUUUUUUUUUUUUUUUUUUUUUUUCCAGUCAUGUAACUUUUCAAAGGUGUGUGUUUAUAUAUGAGACUGCAUGUGUGAGAAUCUGUUAUGUUUGUUACACUCUUUGUGUUUGUCUUUCCACCCAUCCCUCCACCGCUCACUGCACUGUCUCCCCACCUGUCUAUUGUGAUGGAACCUUCAAAGAAGCCUGCAUGUGAAUGCCCAGUCAGGCUCUGGGAAAGAGUGAGACAGACAGAGGGUCAGAGGGGGUUGAGAGCAUUUAGUUUUUGAGAGGCUUGGGUGAAGCCCUCACUGUCUAUGUCCUUGCCCCUACAUCAUUUUAAUGCUAAACACAUAUCUGCACAUUCUCCACUGGUUAGAGAGCCAGUCUGAAUGAAAUGUAAAACAUGUAUUUACAUGUGUACACAUACGCAGGGAUGGAUGUGCAGAGAAAAUGUGAGGUAGAGAGAGACUCGUCACAGAUGCAUAUUUUCCAUUUAGAGAUCCAGUGAUUUAAAAACAAUCAUGUUGGAACUUUUUACUUUUUGUAGAUGGAUCACAACAAAAGCUUUGAAAUUCUUUGCUUAUUAUGUGUGUUUUUUUUAAUGUCUUUUUUGAAAGACAGUUAUCAAUAAAAAGAACUUUAUUUAAACA